AUGAUGGACGAUGCACGUUUAGAGGCUGCCUUAGGCCACAAGCAGGAGCUGAGAAGACACUUUGAUCUCUUCAGCUUGGUCAGUCUCGGUAUUGUCAUUGCGAAUGCCUGGGCCGUUACUGGAGGAACGAUCGUUGCAGCUCUGCAAGAUGGAGGCCCCAUGGCAAUACUGUACGGCCUCAUACUUGUCAGUAUAUUCUAUACACUCAUAUCCGCGUCCCUGUCCGAACUCGCGUCUUCUAUGCCAUCAGCCGGGGGAGUUUAUUAUUGGGCAUCGGUGUCGAGCCAAGAAUACGGACGGUUUGUUGGCUUUCUGACCGGGUACCUGAAUGCUUGUGCCUGGCUUCUGUCGGCUGCGUCGAUUAGCUCCAUGCUCGGAAACGAAGCUGUGACCAUGUACAUGCUCCUCAACCCCGGCUCGCAAUGGCAUUCGUGGCAGGUGUUCAUCGUUUUCCAACUGCUCGCUUGGAUAUGUUGCGCGGUGGUUUGUUUCGGGAAUAACCUCAUCCCUAUGUUGAACCGAGUUGCCCUUGUUCUCUCUAUGUGUGGCCUAUUGGUGACUGUCAUUGUCCUCGCCGUCAUGCCGAGAAAGCAUACAAGCAAUGCUGAGGUUUGGGGAAGAUAUCACAACAACACCGGCGGUUGGUCGGAUGGUAUUUGUUUCCUCAUAGGUUUGAUCAACCCGGCCUUCUCAAUCGGAGUCCCUGACUGCAUCACCCAUCUUUCCGAAGAAGUUGUGAAGCCCGGAAUCAGAAUCCCUCAAGGAACGAUGCUCCAGAUGCUAACUGCCUUUAUCACCACCUUUGUCUACCUAAUUGCUCUGUUCUACUCCAUUGAGGACCUCGACGCUGUCUUACAUAGCGAGUUCUCGUCUUUCCCAACAGCAGAAAUCUACCGACAAGCCACUGGAUCCCGGCAGGGGGCAGUCGGACUGGUUGCGGUGCUCUUCGUGACCGCGUUUCCAACCCUAGUUGGAGUCUACAUCACCGGCGGCCGCAUGUGGUGGAGUCUGGCUCGUGACAACGCAACGCCUUUCGCCUCAUACUUCAGUCAUGUCCAUCCAACACAGAAGAAUCCCAUCCGGGCCACUGUAGCCAUGGCUGGUAUGGUGAGUUUCCUGGGUUGCAUAUACAUAAGCAGUACUACCGCAUUCCAGGCACUACUAUCGUCCUAUGUCGUGCUGAGCACUCUGUCCUAUCUAGGGGCUAUUCUGCCUCAUGUGCUGACAGGCCGGAAGAAUAUAGUGCCUGGACCUUUCUACAUGGGGAGGAAGACAGGCUUGGUAGUGAACGGAGUGGCUGUGGUCUAUAUUCUCGUUACUAUUGUUUUCUUCUGCUUUCCACUCACCUUCCCGGUCACAGUCCACAAUAUGAACUAUUCGAGUGUUAUUGCUGGAGGACUAGUCACUUUGACUGCGUUAUGGUGGUUUGUUCGCGGAAGACGUGAUUACACAGGGCCGCAAUACAGCGCCGAGAUCGCGCAAAGUCUUCCUGCCGUGUUGGAGACAGAGAAGGAGGGACCCUCCUGA